UUCGGCCAUGGUCAGUCCAACCCCACUUACCUCCUGGAAGUGUCUUCCGCUCAUCAUGGCUCCCAGCCCGCCAGAUUCGUGCUCCGAAAGAAACCCCCUGGUCACCUGCUCAAGUCCGCCCACGCCGUGGAGCGAGAAUUCCAGGUGCUGGCAGCGCUGGGCUCACAGGCUGGAGGGGCAACUGUGCCCGUGCCAGCAGUGCACGCCCUCUGCACCGACCCCUCCGUUAUAGGCACGCCCUUUUACAUCAUGGACUUCGUCCCUGGUCGCAUCUUCACCAACCCUUGCCUCCCUGAUCUACCACCUGCCGCCCGGACGCAGAUCUACACCGCCAUGGCCGGCACCCUUGCCGCCCUGCACUCCGCCCGCCUGCCCCAGCUACAAAAAGAUGGGUUCGGCCGCCCGGACAGCUACUGCCGGCGGCAAGUGGAGCGGUGGGCAAAGCAGUACGAGGCGUCAAUGAAAUCCAUAGGGGAGGAAUUUAGGGAGGAGGAUGGGAGGAUGAGGGGGCUGAUUGCGUGGCUGAGGGAGAAUGUGCCCGGGGAAGAUGCAGCAGCAGAGGGGGUGAUGCGAGGCGUGGUGCAUGGGGACUUUCGGCUCGAUAACCUCGUGUUUCACCCCACAGAGCCGCGAGUGGUGGCAGUACUGGACUGGGAGCUCUCGACCCUGGGAAACCAGAUGUCUGACGUCGCGUACUGCUGCCUCCCAUACCACCUGCCGCCAUCCCAGCCGGGGGCCAUGCUGCCAUCCCUAGGCAUCACCCAACUGCCCGGUGGGCCUCCAGCAGGAUCUCUGCCCGGUGGGCCUCCAGCAGGAUCCCUGCCCGCUGGCAUCCCCUCUGAGGCGCAGUUCGUGCGCGCAUACUGCCACGAGAUACAGCGCCUGCAGGGCGUCAGCCUAUGGCCCGGUGACACAUGGCGCUUCUACGUGGCCCUUUCGCUGUUCCGCGGCGCUGCUAUCUUCACGGGGAUUUACCAACGAGCACUGCAGGGCAAUGCAUCCUCCAGCAGGGCAGGCCAGGCCGGCCGUCAGGUGGCGGGUCUGAUAGCAUGCGCCCUGCACGUGGUGCACUCGCCCCCCUCCAUUCCUGCCCGACCACCACAAGGCAGCAGCAGCAUCAGUGGUUCAAGCGGCGCAGUGGGUAUUGCAGGGGGUUGGGAUGGAUCCAGUGCGGUUCCAGCAUCGCCAUCCCAUCCUGUGGGGCUGGCGCCCAGCCCGCGAGCCGAGGCACUGAGGAGGCGAGUGGCGGAGUUUGUAACGCAAGAGGUGUUGCCUAUAGAGGGGAUAUUGGAGGAACAUGCAGUGGGGGAGGCACGGUGGACUAUUCACCCCCUGGUGGAGCAACUGAAGGGGAAGGCCAAGCAGGCUGGGCUUUGGAACCUGUGGAUUCCCGCUCUGGAUGCGGGAGUGCCAGUGACGCCUGUCCUUGGGGAGUGUCAGAGCCGGGGGCUGCUGGGGGGGGGGCUGUCGAAUCUGGACUAUGCGCACGUGUGCAAGGAGAUGGGCAAGAGCGUGUGGGCGCCUGAGCUCUUCAACUGCUCUGCGCCCGACACCGGCAACAUGGAGGUUCUCUUGCGCUACGGCAACGAGCAGCAGCAGCGGGAGUGGCUGGUGCCUCUGCUGGAGGGCAAGAUCCGUUCGUGCUUCGCCAUGACAGAGCCACGAGUGGCGUCCAGCGAUGCCACCAACAUCGAGGCUCGGAUAGAAAGUGCGGGCGACCACUACAUCCUACACGGCCACAAGUGGUGGGCCAGUGGCGCCAGCGACCCGCGCUGCAAAGUGGCAAUCUUCAUGGGCAAGCACCCCGAGCGAGCUGCUCCCUCCGGCGCCCACUCCGCGCCCGCACACAGGCAGCAUUCCAUGCUGCUCGUGCCCAUGAGUGCUCCUGGGGUGACUGUAGUGCGCCCGCUGCUGGUGUUUGGAUAUGAUGAUGCGCCUCAUGGGCACUCGGAGGUGCUGUUUGAGGGGGUUAAGGUGCCCAAGACAAGUGUGCUGCUGGGUGAAGGCCGAGGCUUUGAGAUUGCUCAGGGUCGUUUAGGCCCGGGUCGGCUGCACCACUGCAUGCGGCUCAUAGGGGCCACAGAGCGAGCCAUGGACUGCAUGCUCCAACGCGCACUCUCCCGGGUGGCGUUCGGGCGGCCGCUGGGCGGCAACGAGUCGGUGAUGAGGGAUACUGCCGAAUGCCGCAUCACGCUGGAGGCGGCGCGACUGCUGGUGCUGCAGGCGGCUGCUGAGUUAGACGCCAAGGGGAACAAGGAGGCCCGGAUCGCUAUCGCUAUGGCCAAGGUGGCUGCCCCCCGGGCAGCUCAAAAAGUUCUGGACAGGGCGAUCCAGGUGCACGGGGGUGGGGGGGUGAGCUCGGACUUCCCUCUUGCCCGCCUGUGGACGGCAGCUCGCACUCUGCGCAUCGCUGACGGUCCAGAUGAGGUGCACCUGGCUUCCAUUGGGAAGAAGGAGCUGCGAGAUUGGCAGAAGAGGAUGAUGGGGGGUGGGAGCAGUGGCAGCUCGGAAUUGGAGGCGGAGAGUGGAAAGGGGGGUUUAGCUCGGACGUUCUGUCUCGCCCGCAUGUGGACAGCAGCUCGCACUCUGCGCAUCACCGACGGUCCAGAUGAGGUGCACCUGGCCUCCAUUGGAAAGAAGGAGCUGCGAGAUUGGCAGAAGAGGAUGAUGGGGGGUGGGAGCAGUGGCAGCUCGGGUAAUAGUGGAGCGUCAGCCCGCUUGUAG